AUGGCUUCUGUUUCCGCUCCCUCGGUGGCUCCUCUGCACAUCAAGCAGAUCAACACCCGCUUGUCGAACUCGUCGUUCGCCGAUACUCUCUCGCGCGAUUCGUCUCCUUCGCCUUGCGAUACCCCGGACGGAUCUAGGUCGAGCAGCCGCCGGCGCCCAUCUUUUGGCUCGAUCAAGGAAGACGUUGACGGUAUGUUGUUGAUUGUCGUGGUCUGCGCGAUGAUCGGUGGUGGCGAAUCGCUCUCUGUAUCCCAAUCGCGUGUGAAUGCUCGCUUACAUAUCUUUUGUCGGUUUCCAGGCAUUGCGCAGUCAUUUGUCGAUACUCAGCACGUGUCUUCCCCAAAGGAGUCUCCUAGGCCGACUGCGCAGGAAAUGCAGCAAACCCCCGACUUCUGCUGCCCGUGCGGUGGAUUUCUGGGCUGGAAACAGAUCCGGCUUGGUGGAAAGAGUCUGAGCCGCAGCUAUGGCGACCUUCGCAGUCUGGGAGGCAUGCAGUCGAAAGGUUGGGCGUGGGAGUCGCAUGACCAUGCUCCAAAGCUAGGCGUACCCAAGGUCCCGGAGGUGCAGGCGGUGGUAGAGCCAGUGCAGGAAGAGCAACAGCCGGGCUCUUCGCCGCUGGAGAGACUACCACCAGAGCUUCUCGACCAAUGCAUCUCCUACUUGGCCAUCGAUCUCCCACCCAAUGGCUACACACCUCGCAAUGUGGAUCUUGUAUCGUGCUUGCUCACAUCGCGCACAUUGCACGCGGCGACUCUCAGCGUGUUGUAUCGGAACAUGACCUUCCCUCAUUCAGUUAUCUUCUCCAAAGCUCUCAAUCACAUGUCGGCCUACCCGGCUCUCGGCACACUGGUGCGCCGACUCGAUUUCUCGCACUUCACCUCCGUCGGCCUGGGGCGCACCAAGCAGAUGAAUGCCGAGAUUCAGAAUCUGACUUCGCGCACCUUGCUCAAGUGCCUGGAUCUGCUGCCUAACCUGAAGGAAUGUCUGCUGCAGGAACACCUCGAGGGGGAUCUGAGCGUGGAUGUGGUGCGCAAGUUGUUCAUGGGCCUCCCCAACCUCCGGGCAGUUGACCUGUGCGGCUGUUCCACACAGUCCUUCUCUCAGGUCUUCACCGAAGCUCUGACCGGGGGCCCUGCUCUGCCCCUGAGCAUGCCUCAUCUUAUGCGACUCUCCCUCCACGAAUGCAGCACGAUCCAAGCGCCAAUGUUCGACCUCCUUUUGCCGAGAUUGACGAACUUAACCCAUCUGGAUCUGACCCACACGCAGGUUAACGAUUCGGCUCUUUUUUCGAUUCCUGAAACGGCUCGCAUCACCCAUUUAGGCCUCUCGCGUUGCACCCGCUUGCGGAGCUCUGCUUUGGUCGAAUUCUUGACCACUCAUCCCGCCGUCUGUGAUUCUUUGGCUUACUUAAACCUCCUGAAUGACCCAACCCGCUUCCGCUUGCUGGAGGAGGACGAUGUCACCGCACUGUUGCCGAAAUUGCCCUCCUCUCUUCGCUCCUUGAACCUUGGAGGUGCCAAGAUCACUUCGGAGCAUGUCCCGCUUCUGGUUCCCUUGACUGCUCACCUGGAAGAACUGGGUCUCAGCUCUGCGGAUCUAUCUGUCAAGGAUGUCAACUCAUUCUUCUCCCGGUCCUCGGAUAAUCAAGCCGCGAAUGGUGUUGGUCCCAGCACACUCUGCUACCUCGACCUCGCAAAGGUGCCACAGAUGACCAUCGCCACCAUCUUCAACACCAGCACGUGUAUGUUGCUCUCGGAGCACAGCUACCCUUUGCAGGUGAUUGAGUUCAGUGACAAAAUCAUUACCCCGUUGCGUGAACGAGCCAAGACACAGCGUGUCUCGGUUGGCUGGACUGUCCGUGACCUUGGCCGCCGCGGGUGGUACGUUCGUGACCCGGCAUCCCUUCCCAGUGAACCCGUCGAUGAUGGUUCGCGCUCCUGGAAAAUGGGCGCUCGCUGGUGGGGUAUGCGCAAGAUUCCCAUGGCCGUCGGUGACGUGGGUGGACUCUAUGGCCACUACAUGUUCAAAAAAUGA